AUGUGUGGAACACGUCAUGUAGUUGGAUGUAGCCAUGAGGAAGCUGCUUGCAGACAAUCAAUUAGGAACUGUUACCCAGGUUCAAGAUGCAAAGGAACAAGCAAUGUUGAACCUGGCCGUUUGCAAAGAGCACGGGAACCAGCUUUACAC